AUGCGCAUCGGUACCAGCGUUUGGGCGUCCGCCCUGCUGGCUCUCAGCGCUCCAGUUCAUGCCUGUCAGAGCUGUGAGCACCCCGAGCAAGAUGUUGUCAUGACAAGAAAUGUCCGCCGCAUGCAACCAGAUGCUCAAAAUUCGUCUGCUCUCCCUCGCGGACCACUGGCAUGGGGCCAGCUCAACUUUCUCCAUACAACCGACACCCACGGCUGGCUCGAGGGACAUAUCAGAGAGCAGAACUAUGGUGCAGACUGGGGUGACUAUGUGUCUUUUGUCAAGCAGAUGAGGCAGAAGGCCAGGGACUUGGAUGUCGAUCUUCUGGUUGUAGACACGGGUGAUCUUCACGAUGGCGCCGGUCUCAGCGAUGCCACUGGAGUUGCUACCUACGGUGGUGUCAACGGAGAACUGUCAAACCCUAUCUUCGAGCAGCUGGAUUACGAUCUCUUGACCAUUGGCAACCACGAACUCUACGUCUCUGCGAUCGCCUACGAGACCUUCAGCCAAUUUGCCAAGGCAUACGGAGAGAAAUACUUGACUAGCAAUGUUCAAAUCAGAAACCCAAGCACCGGCGAUUUGGAGUACAUCGGUAAAAAGUACCGCUACUUCAAGACUCAGAAGGGCCUCAGAAUCAUGGCUUUUGGUGUGCUGUUUGACUUUACUGGCAACUCGAAUGCUUCAGUCGUCACCAAAGCAGCAGAUAUGGUCAAGGAGUCUUGGUUCAUCAACGCUGUCAACCACAAGAACGUCGAUGCCUUUGUGUUGAUUGGUCACAACCCUAUCGGCCUCAAGAGCAGCAGCAACACUCUACAAACUGUCUUCAAAGCCAUCCGUGCCAUCAAGCCUGAUACGCCUAUCGAGAUGUUUGGUGGUCACACUCACAUCCGUGACUUUGCUGUCUACGACGACAAGUCUGUUGGUAUUGAGAGUGGAAGGUACUGCGAAACUCUGGGUUGGUUGGCUGUCAGCGGUAUCAACCCAAAGGGCAAGGCUAAUCCCAAGGGUGUGCCCAACCCAACCAUGAAGGCCAAAAAGGUCAGCACUGCUUCUGCUUCUGCUAGCAUUGCCUCUUCCAGCAGUGCUUUAAACAUGACUUUCUUCCGUCGCUACCUAGACUGGAACCGUGCAACUUUCGAAUAUCACGCUGCAGGCAGCCAAGCCAAGGCCUUCGAUACCGCCAAAGGUCUUGCAGUGACCGAGAACAUCACUGCCACCCGCCAAGAGUUGAACUUGACCAGCAUCUACGGCUGCGCACCCCAAACCUGGUGUCUCUCCUGCGCACCCUUCAAAUCCGAAGGCUCCAUCUACUCUCUCCUCGAGACUGCCCUCUCCGCCACCAUCAUCACCAAGGAACGUGCUGAUAAACCUCGCCUUAUCAUCACAAACUCUGGUCAUAUCAGAUUCGACUUGGCCGAAGGAGCUUUCGAUUACGAUUCCAGUUUCAUCGUUUCUCCCUUCACCGACGCCUUCAACUAUCUUCCAGAUGUGCCUUACAAUCUAGCCUCCCAAGUCCUCUCUGCACUCGAAAGUGGCAACUACCCUUCCAAACGCGACCUCUCCACCUCCGACUUCGGCUUCUCGCAACUAAACCCUGCACUGGACAGUUGCAUCGAUCCCCCAGUCACCCACGAUCACUUGGUCACCAAGCGCUCGUACCCCGGUGGCCGCAUCAUCAGACGCCAGACCAGCACUACACCCGGCUACACCACCACCGACGACUUUGGAACCGAUGGAGAUGACACGAUUCACUCAAAGAUUCCUUACUACUCUGUGCCCAACUUUUUCCAAGCGAAUGGCAGCCUGCCGUCUAAUGGAAGUUUGCCAGCGACUGUUGAUCUGAUCUUUUUGGAUUAUGUUGCCGCUAGUGUUGUCAAGGCUCUCAAUGGGUUGGGUGGAAGUUAUACUAACGAUGAGGUGACUUAUUACUUGCCCAAAAACUUUACGACAAACUCAUAUCUACCCAAGUAUGCACAGAUGACUCCGGAGUGGCAAGCCAAUGUUCCAAACUGCCCUGUUGGUCUGGGAAUCGGUUACAACAUUACUGCAUAG